AUGGCUCUCGUUUCUAAAGUCGGUGGCCUGCUGUGCGUGGGAAUUCUCCUGCUAGCUCUCGCCCUCAAUCCUGCCGACGCCGUAUCUGCCAGAUCAGAAGACCUUAACAAAGGCGCCUCGUGCUACCCUGAGUUGAAGAAUUUCGGCGACAAUCCCUAUUUCGACAAGGGCAUGGUUGCUGAGAUUCCCGUGAGCAAGUUCGACGCCGGGAAGGCCUGCGGAACGUGUUACCAGGUUACCUGCAAGAACAGCAAGAGGUGCAACAAGGGAGCUAGCGUGACGGUGCGCGCGAUGAACAACGACGGCGACGGCUUCACGCUCAACAACCCCGCGUGGGACAAAAUCGUCCGCGACCGAUCCGGCAGCGUGGAGGUCGAGUACCGCAGCGUGGACUGCCCGACCAACGGCCGCGGCAUGGCGGUCAUGAUCGAGAGGAGCAGCGGCCCGUACUACUUCGCACUUUACGUUCUGGGCGCGGCGAGGAACGCGGCGGUGGGGAAGGUGGAGCUGUCGACGGACGGCAACAAGUGGACGGGCAUGACGAGGGGCGGGUGGGGCGCGCGGUGGGAGCUGCCCUCCGCCAAGGACGUCGUGGGCGCGGGGCGCAAGGUGAGCGUGCGCGUGACGGCGGCGGUCACCCAGCAGCAGGUGGUGCUGCAAGACGUGAUUCCGAGCAAGUGGAGCGCCGGGAAGACCCCCUCCAUCUCCCCACCGCCCUCUCCCAUUUCUCCUUCACCUGCCAUUUCCACCUCUCCACCCAUCACUCCCUCCUCCUCCUCCUCCUCCUCCUCCUCCUCCUCCUCCUCCUCCUCCUCCUCCUCCUCCUCCUCCUCCUCCUCCUCCUCCUCCUCCUCCUCCUCCUCCUCCUCCUCCUCCUCCUCCUCCUCCUCCUCCUCCUCCACCCACUCGUCCAGAGGACCCCUUGCAUCCACCCCUUCCCAUGCCUCCAUUCCCGCUAUAAGCAGCCUCUGUGCCUCCUCGCGGGCGGCGUCAACGCCCUCUUUGUCUCCAGCCUCUUCCCAUCACAUUCUUGUUCUUUCCCUUCCUGCCUCCCAUCAACCUUCUUCUGCCCUUGCUGCUGCGUCUGCUCGCGCCUUGUCUUUUCUGCUGGUGUUGCCGCACAAGGGCCUGCAAGGGAAGCCAGCACAGGAUGGCACGCCUCUUCCCUCUCCACCACUGCAAACCGCACUCCCGCUUCCUCCACCCCUUUUUCUUCCCUCCCUUCCCCUCUCCCUCUCCCCUCCCUAUCCCCGUCUCCCCCCUUCUCACCCUCUCGCCCCUCCUCCGAGCUCCGUUGCCCCACGCCAGGGAAGGAGUAGUCCGUGGCGGGAGGCGGUGGCAGAAGUUGAGGAGCUCGCCGAUAUGCCCGUGCCCCGCACCCACCCGUACCGCUCAACCGCCACCGCCUCCUCCUCCGAUAGGUCCACUCCCACUGGCGGGAAGAAAGGAAGAGACGCUUUUAUCAUUCUCAAAAGUGGCAGAAAGGAAGAGGGAAGUGAGGGGAGGUAUGGGACUGCGGAGGCACACGAGGUGGGCUGGAAUGGAUGGCAUGCAGGAGAAGGUGGUGAGGGCAGGGCAUGUUUGACAUUGCGCUUCUGCGUGUUUGUGGCCUACGUGGAUCACAAUGACCCCUUUGAGAGACCAGUACUGCACUGA